CUGCGCGGAGAGAGGUAGAGUAAUCCAACAAAGUCUAAAGACAGAGAUCCGUUUCAUCGACUCGGAGAUAUCAAAGCUUAUGCAGGACACGGAGUGAAACCACCCUGUUUGAGCUCCGCGCAAAAAUUCUGAAACUUUGGGACCAGCUGUGGAGGAACAUGGCGGAGGAGGAGAGCAGCGGGGUGCAGCGAUGGGAACUCUCCGGCAUUAUGGAGAAGGAGCUGAACUCUUGUUAGAAUGGACCUCCGCGUGGCUCCAACGACAGAGGGAUGGCAGCUUCUCACCAGCAGUACACCCCCCUCCAGCCUCAUCACCCAGGCGCCGACCCACGCCGGCUCUUCCACCGCCUCACCAUCGCCUCCUCCCUGAGCAUCCUCUGCUUCUCCUUGGUUUACCUGCUCUCUGGCCGACUCUGCGAGUCGGAACUGAAAGAAAACAAUAAGAUAAGGCCAUCGACGCGCGAUUUCCUGGUACCUGGCCCGGACUGGCCAUAUGGACGAAACAGUGCCAGCUUGGCCAGCAUGGUUGGAGAGGGCGCGCAUGGCAGCGGUCAGCCAGCGGCAGACACCAAUAGCUCGGGGAAAGAGUGGACGGCCACUCGAAGGUUACCCCAGGCUCUUAUCAUUGGCGUUAAAAAGGGGGGCACCAGAGCUCUGCUGGAGUUUCUGAGGCUGCACCCUGACAUCCGCGCCCUGGGAUCCGAACCGCACUUCUUUGAUCGUCAUUACGCACGAGGACUGGACUGGUACAGAAGCAUGAUGCCUAAAGCACUUGGUGGUCAGAUUGUCAUUGAGAAGACUCCUCGUUACUUUGUUACCGUGGAUACGCCAGCACGGGUCCAUGCUAUGUCCCAGGAUAUCAAGCUGAUUGUGGUGGUGCGUGAUCCUGUGACCCGAGCCAUAUCAGAUUACACACAAAUCAUUUCCAAGACCCCUGACAUCCCUUCCUUUGAGAGGCUGGCCUUCAAGAACCACACCACAGGUCAGAUUGACUCUCAGUGGAGCCCACUCUGGAUCGGCCUCUAUGCUCAGCACAUGGAGCGCUGGUUGGCGUGGUUCCCCAGGGCACAGAUCCACCUGGUCAGUGGUGAGAGGCUCAUCUCAGACCCGGCUGGAGAACUGCGCAAAGUCCAGGACUUUCUGGGUCUUCAGAGGAUUGUCACAGAUAAGCAUUUCUACUUCAACAAAACCAAAGGUUUCCCAUGUUUGAAGAAACCAGAGGGCAGCAGUAAACCUCACUGCCUGGGAAAGACAAAAGGCAGGACGCACGUCUCUAUAGACCCAGUGGUGAUUCAGAAACUCAGAGCUUUCUACAAACCCCACAACCAGCGGUUCUAUCAGAUGGCAGGACAGGACUUUGGCUGGCAGUGACAUCUGAACAGUAUGAAGCUGAAAAGAUCUGCCAUCCUUGACUGAACCCACAAAUGGCACUGGAGAUUUGAUCCUCAAACCACAAGUCAAAAUAUCCAAGUAGUUUUAUCAGUCUGGUUCUAAGAUCAAUCACUUUGUCACAGAUUAGAUUACAGUGUUCUGGAGCAGAGGCCGGGGUUGCUUGUGUAGCUUUUUUAGUGUCUUUUGUCUAACUCAGCUGUAGUCAAAUGUUAAAGGAAGUCACCACCUUCCUCCCUGAAAUGUUCAGAACCUGGCUGAAGACAUUUGCCCAGUUUUUAUUUGAGAUAUUAAAUGCAAGAAAAGCAUUGUUUUCAAAGUACAAGGGGAUCUUCAAUGUGAACUUUGGAUAAACGAAGGGGGGGCCCUUCGUUUAUCCCUCUCUGUUUGCUCCAAACAGAGGGUGAUGAAAAAAUAGUGUCUAAUAUUUUGGACGUGAUUUUUGUUCAAUGACAUCAACAUCACCGGUCCGCUAGCAUUAGCGCAGAGUAUCCAGCACUUGAAUAUACAUAACAACAGCGGUUCUUAUGUCAUGCUACAAUAUAAAGUCAUUACUUACAUUUAAAUGUAAACUUCUGUGGUUCAGAGCGCACCCACGUCAAGAAAAGAGCUUCUCAGCGCGUCGAGGUUUACACUUGGGAUGGUGGACUUUGGACCUCUCUAAUACGGACACGACUUUGACUUCAACUACCACUUCAAAUCAAGGGGGAAGGCUAAGGGGAAGGGAGAAGGGGAGUAUUCGGAUCAGGCCUGAGAUUCUUUGCUUGAGCUCAGACGUUACCUAAAGGUUUUAUUAAGUAAUACAUGAGAAUACUAAAAGCCAUGGAAUCCCAGCACAUCUCUAGGCUGAUGUUCCCACUAGAAAACCAGCCUCCUGUGACUGUGACACACCUUAAAGGAUCAACUGCUGGAGGACAACCGAAGCCAGAAUGACUACUGAUCACUGGAGUAGAAACGUUUGACAUUUUUGUAGACUUUAUAAAGGUUUCACACUUCUGCAUAAAGUUUUUUUUUGUUUUAGGUUUGCAUGCAUUUGCACUAGUUUGAAAAUAAAAAUAAAUAAAUAAAAACUAUUUUUUUGCACACGCUCCCUCCCAACUCUUAUCCAUUUUGAUUAAGAUUUCUGCAUCAAGUCUUUUGGGGCAGCUUUUGAUGCCUUUUAAUUGUAUGAACCCGCUAAAUAGUUUAUAUUUGUAAGAACAAAUAAUUAAUAUAAUUAACAAAUAAAAUAAUUGUCUAUCAGCUCUGGAGGGAGGGACUUUCAAAAGCCAAAGCAAUACUGCCAUCUAGCGGAAAAAAAUACUUUUGUGAAGCAACAAAAACAAAAAAGCAUUUAUUUAUUUAGAAUAUGGAUCUUGUUUACAAAUAAACAAAAAUGUAGUAAAUGUCUGAUUUUUAACAUUCAGAUAUUUCUAUUUCACCACGAACAUAUAUUUGAUAAAAACUACACUGAAGAUCUUACUUAGUACUAUUGUUCAUACAAUGACAGGCUGAAGAAAAAGGAACUCAGUGAAGCAAAACACAGAAAAAAACAGCAAAUUAUCCCAAAUUAUACAUAAAUAAAACACACAAAGUUAUUAUAAAAUGCACUUACAAUAAAAUAACGCUAUCAAAUAAAUGUAAACAAACUGACUCUUUUAUUUAAAAAAAGGUAAAUUCUCAUUUAUGAGGUUUGGCAGUUUAUACAACUACUAAGUUCUGAAGGAUGA